CCGCGGGGCUUUAAGAGGCCGCGCUCGGCCCGGCCAGCACCGGCGCCGUCCUCGGCCAAUCCCCCGCCAUGGCCCGGGCGCUGCCGCUGCUGCUCGCCCUGCUCGGGACCACCGCAGGUCCCCCUGGCUGGGUGCUGACAGUGGCCACAGGUUUGGGGGCGCCGGGGGGGGGCUGUGGGGUGCCCCCCUCUGCCUGGUGCCAGGACUGGGUGACGGCGCUGCGCUGCGGGGCCCUAGGGCGCUGCCCCCACCUCACCCAGCGACCCUCCGACACGCAGGACACCUGUACCGUGUGUCAGGAGAUCACAGAAUACCUCAGAAAAAUCUACAACCAAUCGACCUCGGAGGUGUCCCUGGAGGAGGUGCUAGAACGGAUGGUGGGGCUUGUGUGUCCAUAUCUCCGUUAUGAGGAGAACUCAUGCAAGGAACUGGCUCAGUUGUUUGCCCAUGACCUCCUCUGGAACAUCGUGCACCUCAACUCCUGGGACGUCUGUGUGAAGCUGAAGCUGUGUCCUUCAGGUCCCCGGGCCGCGGCCGUGCCCAUCCUCGAGGCACCCGGCAGCCACCUGCAGGGCUCCGGGCUGGUCCCGAAGGCGCUGCCGCUGCCGCUGUGCUGGCUGUGCCGCUCGCUGGUGGCGCGGGCCGAGGCCGCGGUCCCGGUGGGCUCGGUGGCCGCGGCGGUGGCCGGGCUGUGCCGGGCGCUGCCGCUGCCGGUGGCCGGGGCUUGCCAGUGCCUGGCCGAGCGCUACGCGGCCCUGGCGCUCGAGGGGCUGCUGGGCCGCCUGGGCCCCCGCCUGCUCUGCCGCCUGUUCCUCGCCUGCCGCAGCGGGGACAACCGGGACACGGAGCAGCCGGGCACGCUGCCGCCGCCCUGGGUGCUGGAGGCCAUCGUGGUGCGGCUGGCGGACUGUGUCAGGGAGGAGGACCCCAGAGGCGUCGGUGUCCCCGCGCUGUCCCUGUCCCUGGGCCCCUGUGCCCUGGGCCCCGUCUUCUGGUGCUCGGGCCCGGAGGCCGCCCGGCGCUGCCAGGCUCUGCAGCACUGCCAGGAGCACGUCUGGCUGUAGGGGGGCACCAGGACCCCCCAGCUUUCCCCAAUAAAGCUUGGAAGCAGA